UGAAAUAUUUAUUAAUAAAAAUUGUGAACAUUUCUGUGAAAAUUUUGAUGCUGCGACUAAAGUUAGCUUGCGAAACUUAGCUAAUUUUGAAGUGCGGACAUUGAACUAUUUGCUAAGUAGAACCCGCAAAAUCCUUACAAACAUUUGGAUGCUUGUGUACUGUCUUGUGCCAAAAUUGCUCAUUUAUUACACAAUAAUUAUGAAAUCGAUGGGAUUAAUAGGCCAAAAAUUGGCUGUGUUAAAUUAUAAAACUGGCUACUGUGAAACUCAAUCGUCUCAUCAGCACCCGAAAAAAGAAGUAAAAGGGGCGAAGUGCUCUCGGAUUUCGGGUGCGAGUGACCAGAAAGGAAUAUCAAUGCGACUUUUCUUCUCUGCAUUAUUAUUGAUCUACUUCCCAGGACAUGCGGCGGCGCAGCGGCAGCGGUUCGUGGAGGUACCGAAGAGUGCCGAGGUGGUGCAGGGUUCCAGCGUGACGCUGAGGUGCAGCGUGCAGGAGCAACAGGGUCGGGCUCAGUGGACCAAAGAUGGGUUCGCACUCGGUUUCGAGCGCGACGUGCCUGGGUAUCCACGCUACCGCUACGAAGGCGACGCCGAGAGAGGCCAGCACUACCUUGUGAUCACGGGGGCCACUCUGCAGGAUGACGGAGAAUACCAGUGUCAGGUGGGGCCCGCCAGCAUGGCGGCGCCCAUCUGGGCCUCAGCAUCCCUCACCGUGUUGGUGCCUCCAACAUCUGUGAGAAUCACGACCUCACAAGGCCAGAUGUUAGGUCACGGGCUGCAUGGUGCUCACAUCCCACGCGAAGAUGGUGUUUAUAACGACCACAAAAUAGUGAACAUCACAGCAGGGUCGCCACUCACACUCAUCUGCCUCGUGGCUGAUGCUCGACCGCCCCCGUCCGUCAGCUGGUACAGAGACGGUGAUCUGCUCGAUGCUUCGCUGCAGAAAGACACGGUGUUGAGCGACGGUCGUCACUUGCUCUCGUCUCUGCGGUCGGAGCUGCGGGUGGUGCCCGUGGGGCCGGACGACGGAGUGCAGUAUUGGUGCCGGGCACGACACCCUGCGCUGGGAGACGCUACCGACGAGACCGUCGUGGACUCCAUCACCCUCGCCGUCCUACAUCCUCCGAAUGCGCCGGUGAUACGAGGCCCGAGGUCGGGGGUGUCAGGCCAGACCCUGAUCCUGGGCUGCCGGUCUGCGGGCGGCAACCCUAAGGCUGAGGUGUCGUGGCACCUCGGCGACGAGAAGCUCACAGCCUCGGUCCCUGAGGAGACGUCGGUGCAUGUGAUGCUGCUGCCGCGGCUGCACAAGGCUGUUCUCACCUGCAGGGCUGAGUCUCCGCUGCUGCAACAACCUCUUACAGCCACCACCUCCCUCACCGUGCAUUUUUCCCCGGAGCAAGUAUCGUUGAAGGGACCUGAUAGCGUGAAGGUGAGCGAGAGCUUCAACGUCGAGUGUCUCACCAGCCCUGCCAACCCUCCAGCCAACCUCUCCUGGGCUGUCGACGGCCGGACGGUGCUGAACGACCACACGUUCCGCACGCGGGAGGUGGCGGCGGGCUGGAUCAGCUCGUCGAAGCUGCUGCGCGUGCGCCCCACCAACUACGAGGGCCGCCACGUGGAGGUGGUGUGCACCGCCGCCCACCCUGUGCUGGCCAGGCACGCAUCACACGUCGUCACUAUCAUCAAACCUCCCGGCGCUCCAUCUUUGGGUGGUGACAUACUGGGCCAAGUGCUUGCCGGGACUGUCAUCACCAUCGCCUGCACCACCAAGGGCGGCAACCCUCCACCCACCAUCAGCCUGAGUGUGGGCGGCCAGAACCUGACGACGAGCGCACUGCAGGAGGGCGACGUGAGUGAGGUGGUGGGGCGCCUGAGUGUCACGCCGCAGCACAACCGAGCGCCGGUGCUCUGCGUCGUCACGGGCGCUGCAGAAGGGCAGGGAGGAAGCGUCGAGGCCACGCUUGACGUCGCAUUCAGCGCGGCGUCGACGUCGGUGAGGGCAACGCCCCCAGAGUUGGACGAGGGUGAGACGGUAACCCUGACGUGUGACGUGGGCCCCAGCAACCCCCCACCCAGGGUGAGCUGGCGUAGCGAGGACCUGCACUACCGCGGGGCUCGCAACACCGAAACUGCGGCUGAGUUCGGCGGCGUCACUGUCAGGUCGGUGCUGGAGCUGCAGGUGGGUGCGGUGGACCACAUGAGGGUGUUCACUUGUGAGGCAAACAACGGCGUCUCGCAGCCUACCUCCGCCAACCUCACCAUCUCCGUCAGACACUCGCCGGUGUGGGUGGUGGCGGUGCACGGAGCGCGACCUGUGAAGGAGGGAGAGAGCCUCGCCCUCACGGCCCUCGCCUCAGCCUUCCCGGGGCCACUGAGGUACACAUGGGAACGUGCAGGACACAUCAUCAAAAUUAAAGAGUAUACCGCUGAAGAAAUUCGUCUCACUAAAUUCCACAACGCUCGAAUGUCGCUGUCGGCGUCGUCGGAAGAUGGCGUGGCAUAUCUCCUGCCUCAGUCUAGCUACGCAGGGGCGAUGUCUUCUACAGGAGAUCUCAGCUCCAAAGAACACGAGGUCUUCCUUCAGCCUGAACCUGAGCUCUUCUCGUACGGCGGCUCUCAGCACGGAUUACUUCCGGGCUAUGGACACGAUCGUUAUCGCUUUCCUGAUGAACUCGUGCAGGAACAAAAGCCAGAUUUUACAGAUCAGCCAGUGGGAGUGCUGCUCUUGAAAGACAUCACGAGGAAAGAGAGCGGAAAAUACUCGGUAAUUGCUACCAGCCCCAGAGGCAGCGUCAAUUCAAGCUUCCACAUCGAUGUCAUGUUUCCUCCUGAGAAAGUGGUCGCCCCUCCGCGAGUGUUGGCGAGUCCCGGCGAGGACGUCGAGCUUGGCUGCAGCGCUGAGGGUAACCCAGAGCCCAGCGUCUCGUGGUACAGGCUGAGGGCGUCAGUGCCAGAGACUGCACUGUCAGACGCAGAGCUGCUGUCUGCCAGUGACAUCGUGCGUCUUGACAACUCCAAGGACGGCAAGCUACAGCUGCUCGCCGUCAAUGCUCUGGACACGGGCGCAUAUCAGUGCGUGGCAGAGAACAGCGUCGGCAGAGUCGCCACGCAUCCUUCCAGCCUCAUCGUCGCGCAGCCUCCAACUCAUCGAGGAGGCGGCAACAUUGGAGGAGCCUGGGCAGCGGUGGGUGGCAGUGGGGUGCUCGUGUGUCGGGUGAAAGCAGCUCCUACACCCACCUUCACAUGGGAGCGAGCAAGGCAUCCGGAGGCAGACUCGGAUAAGAUGGAGAUCUCUUCUUCCAGUAAAGUGACAAUUCAUCCACCAAAGCUGAUGGACGGGCUGGUUGAGUGGUCAUCGCGUCUGGAGAUCCGAGCGGUGGGAGUGGCGGACUACGGCGGCUACACCUGCCACUCCCGCAACAGCCUCGGCCACUCAGCCGCGGACUACAUCCUGCGGCCACCCAAGCCCCCUGCCACUCCCAUCAAUAUCACGGUGGUAAAUUUAACGACGAGCAGCAUGACGUUAAAAUGGACCUCACCGAUGAUGGAUGCGCGUUAUCAGAAUGAUAUUAAGACCUCGGGAAAACUCGCACAAAACCGAGCGGGAUUAGCGGAGUACGGCAGUAACCUGCAUCACGACCAACACCACGAACAAAACCAACGCUAUUCAUACGAUCAAAACAGGGACAGCAAGAGCUGCUCAUACAGAAAGAGCGUAAAGAUCAUUCGUCAAAAACCAGACAGAGCUGGACUGAUCCUUACCAGGAUUGGACGACCAGUUCAGGAACAAAGCGUUCAUUUCUCACGUAUAUUGUGCGUCACCAGCUCGCCGGCACCAAUGAGGUCAUGACGCAGCGCGUGGGAGGGUCGGAGCUGCCCACUGCUACGCUGGACGACCUCGCUCCUGG